UUGAGGAAGCCAGCUAGAGUGGUUCCGCCACAGCCGUCAGCACUGGGGAGAAGGCAGGCUUCUCUCACCUGUGCGUGGAGCUAUGUCUUCAGCAACAUCAGCACGGCGUCUGGCCUGACCGGGAUUCCAAAGCAGAAGUUGGAUUAAUGGGCAGCCAUUACCUCUGCAACCAUGAAGCCCCGAAAUGCAGUGGAGACCCUACUGAGAGCACUUGGAAGAAGAGAGAGUACCCGGGUACCAGUUAGCCACAGGCCUGGGAAGGUAUCUGAGCCUCACAGCUUCAAAGAGAAAGUGUUUAAGAAGAAGAAAAAGGCAUGUGUGGUGUGCAAGGAAUCCAUCGAGGCCCAAGGGCUUGUCUGUAAAGUGUGCAAAGUGGCAAGCCAUAAGAAAUGUGAAGCCAAGGUACCAUCAUCCUGUCAGCCCCUCCCUCCACCUGAACUGAGGCGGAAUACAGCCCCGGUCCGGCGCAUUGAACAUUUGGGCUCCACAAAGUCCCUCAAUACAGCAAAGCAACGAAACACAUUACCCAGAAGCUUCAGCCUGGAUCACGUAAUGGAACGCAAAUAUGAUUUUGACCUCAUCUACAUCACUGAGCGCAUCAUCUCUGUCUUCUUCCCCCCUGUCUUGGAGGAGCAGCGUUACCGUGGCAACCUCCGGGAGGUGGCCCAGAUGCUAAAAUCCAAGCAUGAGGACAAGUACAUGCUCCUCAACCUGUCAGAGAAACGACAUGACAUCAUCAGAUUGAAUCCCAAGGUGCAAGAUUUUGGCUGGCCAGACCUGCAUGCCCCACCGCUGGACAAGAUCUGCUCCAUCUGCAAAGCCAUGGAGACCUGGCUAAACUCAGACCCACAGCAUGUGGUUGUGCUUCACUGCAAGGGCAACAAGGGCAAGAUGGGCGUAAUCGUUGCAGCCUACAUGUACUACAGCAAAAUCUCUGCAAGUGCGGACCAGGCCCUCAGCACACUGACCAUGCGCAAGUUCUGCGAGGACAAGGUGGCUGCUGCCCUGCAACCUUCCCAGAAGAGGUACAUCCAUUAUUUCAGCGGGCUCCUCUCUGGCUCAAUCAAGAUGAACAGCAAUACCCUUUUUCUGCAUCAUGUCUUGCUUCCAGCCAUCCCCACCUUUGAGGCUGGAGGAGGUUAUCAACCUUUCCUGAAGAUCUACCAGUCCAUGCAGCUGGUCUACACCUCUGGGAUCUACAGCCUCCAUGGCGCCGGCGGGGCUCAGAAGCUCUGCAUCUCUCUGGAGCCAGCCUUGCUUUUGAAGGGGGACGUCAUGGUGAAAUGCUACCAUAAGCAGCUCCAGGGAGGCGAGAGGGAUGUUGUGUUCCGGGCCCAGUUCCACACUUGCACCAUCCACAGCACCCAACUCUGGCUUAGCAAAGAUGAGCUGGAUGAAGCCUGGAGAGACGAACGGUUCCCCUUCGAAGCAAGUGUGGAAUUUGUCUUCUCUUCCAGCCCAGAGAAAAUUAAAGGCCGGGAGACUUACAGGAACAACGCUGCUGUUGCAGUAGAUUACAGUAUCUCUGAUCCUAUAGUGCGCUGGGACUCCUACGAGAACUUCAACCUGCACCAUGAGGACAGCCUGGAAGAUGUCUUGCACACCCGGGGGCCCCUUGAUGGAAGCCUCUAUGCCAGAAUCAAGAAGAAAGGCGAACUGGGUAGUUUCUCCUCUGCCAAUGGCAGCCCAGGCAGCCCUGAGUCCCCUCCGCAGCAAGGCGGGCGCCUCCUGUCCAUCAGCAGCGACUCGGGACACUCCUCUAUGCUGACCGAGAAAGCUGACGACAACACACCGCCAUCUAGGCCGCAGCCCACUGCUGCGGAGAAGGAAGAACUGGACAGGCUCCUGGGUGGCUUUGGCGUCCAGCCUCGUCAGUUGAGCGAAGGGAAUUCUUCUCAUUCGCUUUCUCCCUCUGCCACUAAGGAGAGAGAAACAGCCAUUUUGGAAGACGAGCUUUCAGACCUAGAUCAGCCAGCAACCCCCUUUUCCUACCAAACCCAGCGCUCAGGCCUGGCCCGCCAUUGUUCCUGUCGCCUCGGUUACCGCUCCCACAGCCCUGAGAGGCUGCACAAUGUGGCCUAUUAUCGUCCAGAUGGCACUUUGGAGCGACAACAGACGGUCUAUAAUGGUGGGCACUCCCACACACAUCCUGAGGGCUAUGAGGAGAAACGGCGGGUGUUUCGCUCCCUUUCUGAGGGUCUACAGCCCCACUCCUACCCCUUCAGCCAUGAGCCGCCCCUGCCCCCUCACAGUCCCAGCCGGCGAGAACAUGAAGAGCUACUGAUCUUGGAGGACCCACCCACUUUUUUAUGCCCCUGCCAAGAUUGCCAAGAGGUAGCCCGUGAAGAGGCCAGGCUGCCCACAGCUUCCUUCUACAGCCUACGACUGGACCGGGAACCGGAUCUGUGGGGGAUGGAGAACACAAGGCUUCAUCAUCCCCUCCACCGGGGUGGGCAGCCCGUCCCUCUUCUAAUGCCAGCCUCCUAUGAGCACCACCACAUGCCCCAUGGGCAACACCAAACAUUUAACUUUGAGCCCAAGAUGGUGGCUGCGCACCUAGGCCAUGGUUACCCAGCCCACCAGAGGUCAAAGGUAACGGAAGAGAACCCUGAGGCAUUUCCUUACCCACGCUAUGGCCCGGCCUACCCUCCAGUGCCAUCAUAUGCCUAUGGCAGAGCCCCCAUCAAGCCCUGCAUUUCCCCUUACGUCUCAGGAUACUCGGGGUCUCCCCACUCGGGCUCCAUUUCACCAACCAGCCCACUGUAUCCACCAACCAGGAAGCAUGGAUAUGAGCCGCCUGAGAGCAGUGACGGAUACCUAUUGCCAGUGCCCAUGGAAAGGCCACGCGAGCUGCAAGACUGCCGGGAGGCCUCGUCCUGGCAAGAUGCUCCCGGCUCCAUGCAGCAACAUCGGCAGGAGGUGCGAGCCCCCAGUAAAGACACGUCUGGCUGUCCCCUGCCAAUGCACACCAGCAGCCCAGUAUUCAGCAGUGACAGCCCUGGAACCCGCAAACACAGCAACAAGGCCUCCAACACCCCAGAAAACAUGCUCCAGUCAAGCCCCGAGGAGCUGGCAUCUCCCGGCUGGAAAAGAGGCCCGGAGAAGAUGGCUUCGUCCAGUAGUACCACGCAGAUUCUCUCCCCGAUGCAGGCCUUCACCCAUCUCCCCACCUUCAGGCCGCAAGCUAACGGGACACCCCCGAGGCUCGGCCUCCAGUCACCACAGCCCUGCUCCCGCGCCCACUGCACCUCCAGCCCGCCGCACCUCAGCCCCUCACCCACAGCCAAACAUGGGGUCUUCCCAGAGGGCCAACCACAGCAGAAUGGUUCCCAGAGAACUAGCCCCCGUGCCACAGCGCUCUCCUGUGAGUUGCCCACUGAAGAUGCCUUGGGGCACCAGCUAGGCCUUGUCAUGGAGAGACAAGCCCAGAGGAGCAGUUCAGGCAUUCCCUGCCACGGCCAGCCCACGCCUGGCUGCAGGACUGUGUCCAGUGCCCCAGCCUCGCCUCAGACCUUGGCGGUCUAUAAUGGCCGCCCGCACGGCGAGAGGGCUGAACCCGAAGCGAGCACCCUUCUGCGCUACCCCAACAGCAGCCCUUCUCUUGGGCCGUGCUCAGUCAGCGUCCAGUCGCCGGCUCUUGGCUAUGGCUUUGCCGACAUGCAGGGCUCGCCGACCCCAGCCUUCCCCAUUGCCACGGCCUACUACACAGGGCUAGAGGGCAGCCCCUCCGGCCGCAAUCGACUCUGCGAGCCACAGCAGCCUCCGCUGCCUGAGAAACACCACCUACAGACGACCAGAAACUGGGAGAGGAGUUCUCCGCCUGGCCGUAGCCCUGGCUCUGCUCACCACGUCACCUUUGCCCCUGGAGUCCCCGAUGGCAGCACACCUGGCCCAGAUGCACAGCAAGAGAGCCAGGCUAGUGUCAAGUUUGUCCAAGACACGUCGAAGUUCUGGUACAAGCCUCAUUUGUCCCGGGAGCAAGCCAUUUCCCUCCUAAAGGACAAGGAGCCCGGCACCUUCCUCAUCCGAGACAGCAACUCCUUCCAGGGGGCCUAUGGCCUGGCUCUGAAAGUGGCCACACCUCCACCCAACAGCAUCAACCACUCCACCAAAGGAGAUCCUGCUGAACAGCUGGUGCGCCACUUCCUGGUUGAGACGGGACCCAAGGGGGUGAAGAUCAAGGGCUGUAACAAUGAGCCCCAUUUUGGCAGCCUGCCAGCCCUGGUAUCCCAGCAUUCCAUCACCCCCAUCUCAUUGCCUUGCCGUCUCCUCAUCCCGAGCAAAGAUCUCGUGGAGGAGAGCAUAGAGCUGGCUGUUCCCACGAACAUGAGCACUGCUGCUGAUCUGCUGAAGCAGGGAGCAGCCUGCAGCGUGCUUUACCUGAGCUCUGUGGAAACGGAGUCCCUGACGGGCCCGCAGGCUGUGGCCAAGGCAGCCACCAGCACCCUGAGCACCACUCCCCGCGCUUCUGCUUGCAUCGUGCACUUCAAGGUGUCGGCCCAGGGCAUCACGCUCACAGACAACCAGAGGAAGCUGUUCUUCCGGCGCCAUUAUCCUGUCAGCAGCGUCACCUUCUGCAGCUCAGAUCCUCAGGACCGCAGGUGGGCCAACCCCGAUGGAACCACAUCCAAGAUCUUCGGCUUUGUGGCCAAGAAGCAGGGGAGCCCUUGUGAGAAUGUCUGCCACCUCUUUGCUGAGCUAGACCCUGAGCAGCCGGCGUCAGCCAUCGUUAAUUUCAUCACCAAGCUGGUGCUCAGUCUAAGAAGCAAUGAUCCAUGAUAGAUGCUUGAGAGAACCAAGUUAUAGCUGGAAGGCUGAUCUUGGGGAUUUUGGAAUCCCCUCUCGCCCUUUUAUUCUUUGCUGGACCUAGCAGUUUCUUGGGCCUACCAAGACCCUCUUACUCAACGCUGCUGCCUCUGAAGCUUGGAGUUGGCUUUCCAUUGCGUUCCUAAUCCCCGCUGCCAUUCAAAACCCAAAGACUUUGGCACAGUGCCACUCCUUGCAAAGCUCUGCCCUGGGAUAUGAUUGAUGCAAUCUGCUAUCAUGGGGUAACAAUCCUUGAACUCGCACCAGCCUCUGAUUUGCCUCUUGAAUGUGGAGUAAGAGAGUUGAACGAUGAACAGGACUUGGACAGACCGGUGGCUCUUUGCUCACUUCUCAUAUCCUGAGUUUAGGCUGGCAUGUAAACAAUGGGUGGGUGGAAUUCAAAAUGCAAUAGAGGACUUGUAAGUAGUCCAAGAUACAUAGCAAGGGGUGGUCCUCUUUUUAGGUGAUAUGGGGAGGAGGAAGCAGGUGGAGAGGCAUUUGUGAUAGAAAUGACCAUUCUAGCCAAUGUAGAUGUUGCAGUCACACAGCAAACCUGGUUGAAGCAAGAGGCACUUUAAGCAUCAUCUGUGAAAAUUUGUGGAUUGAGUAAAGGACGCCACCAGUCCACUAGGCCUCCGGUGUGCUAAGUGGAAGAGUUAGGCCAAAAGCUGUCACCAUGUGAACAUCUCCUAUGACCGUGGGUGCUUCCAGAUGGAGGGUCCCAGCUCACAAUGAAAGCUUCGCCUGGAAGCACCCACCAUGUGACCGUGGCAACGAGCAGGAGGCGCUUGGGCCACCAAGUUCUAUAACGGAGCAGCAUUUGUGAAAUUAGGCAACUGUAUGUGAUAAAGGGCGUAAAGAGUGUGGCUCAUCAAGGCCUCAUAGAGGCAAUGUGUACCUAAACAGGCUGGAACAGGGUGAAGAGAACGGGGACUCCUUGCUCCCAUCGUCUGUCCAAACCAGAAGGCAGCAGUAAUCUAAGGUUUAGGAGCAAAAUCCUGGAGUUCUGGAUCUUGCGUUUGCUCACUCAGGACAGCAGUAAGAGUAAGUACUUGGAUUAGGUGUGGAUUAUUCGGAAUCCGUUUUCGAUUUCUGUUUGGCUCCAGCAUACUUGUAAGUGUGGUAACUAUUACUCAAGCGAGACAAAAGCAAAUUUCCCUGAUGAGACAACAAAGAGGAAAUGAUAGCAUCCUUCUAUGCCAGGGGUGGGGGACCGGGGGACCUCCAGAUGGUUCAGGGUACAACUCUCAUCAUGGCACUUGAGGGAUGAUGGGAGUUGUAGCCCAACACCUGGAAGACCACUGGUUCUUCACUCCUGUUUUAUGAAACCAACUAGUCAGUCUUAAAGUUGAGUUUUAAAUAGCAGAGGGUCCUUUGCCACAGGCAAGAAUGCCUGCUAACUGUGCAUGUACAAUUGCAAAGAAAAGAAACUUCAAGCUCAGCUCUUAUGAAUAGCUUUGAAAGCUGAUGUGAGGACUUGGAUUAGCGACUGACUACAGGGCGCAUGAAAUUCAGAAAUCUUGACCUACCCAAAGCCUUGCACCAACCUUUUUCAGGCUUGGACCAUUUUUUUCAGCAUGCACAGACUACUAUUUCUAGGCCUUAUCUUCCCUAGCCAGUUAAGAGGACUAGCUCAGGAGGUGGCCGACAUAACAUGGGGGAGCACCAAUGCGCCCUGUGACAUCUUUCUUGGCAUUUGCUCUAUCCCUCCCACUUUUUU